AUGACACAGAAUGGCAGAAACCUCAAAACUAGACUGACUGAACACAAACAAGCGUUGAGAAAAGGCGAUGUCAACAAUCACAUUGCUAAACUUCACCGACUUACGAACCACACUAUUGACUGGGACUCUGCGCAAUGCCUAACCUACAGCACUGACUACUUUCAACGGCUGACCUUAGAAAGCUGGUUUACCAACUUGGAACAGACUUCCCUCAACAGAUAUCAAUCACUACCGGCACCAUACAAACGACUCAUUCACGACAUUAACAUCACAAACGAACGAACGGAACGACCUAACUUCACUAACGGAUCGAGACCGACCAAUCACGACCGACCUACGCCACUUGAGUCUCAAAGCCAAUAA